AUGAAGUCCAUUGUGUUGCUAUCUGCCACUGCCCUGAUGGGCUGUGACGCCUUCCAGGCUUGGAGCAUUACCGCUGCACAGAAUUAUCUUGCUCGCUCUUUCUUCGAUGCGCAUCGGAUCGAUACUGAGUUUCGAACAAGAUAUCCAAGACACAACGUUUUGUCCCGCUUAUCCGGGUCCACUUCUGGCAUUGACCCUGCUCCCCAGGUCUUUGCUUCUGGCUUUUCCACGAAAACCGAUCUCGUCGAAGCUUUACAGGAGGCAGUGGAAAUGGCUGUUAGAGCUUUGCCUCCGGCAGCAGCAGAAAACCCGAUCAUCGAUUUGUGUACAGUAUCGGUGUCGUCUUUAUAUGACGGAGGUUCAAGCCCACCGACAACGGUGGUAAUCCCGACAAUUGUAGAAACUGCCCGGUCAAAGUACGGGAUCAUUCAACACUUGAUUGGUAGUUCAGUGGCGGGGUGCAUUGCGAGCGUCGCAACGACUGAAGUUGAUAAUGCUUUGACUGCUUGUCAACCUGUGGAGCUCGAUGGAACUCCAGCUGUUUCAAUUUCUCUGGCGAUCCUUCCAGAUGUACAGCUACGCACCUUUUUUUGCCAAUCGGCUUAUGUUCCUGACGAUAUUGGACGCAUCAGUCCUGCAGAAUGGAAGCGGGCCGUUGGACUCAGUGGCUUUUUGGAAUCAAACAAGAAAGAUGGUUCUGAUACAGAACUUAGUCAGCAGGACUCGGUUGUCAUGCUUUUACCGAGUCCGGCCUUCUCGACAGAGCUCGAUGACUUCUUGCUCGGUCUCUCCCUCUACUUACCCCGAGCCCAAACUUUCGGCGGCAUAGCAAGUACGGUCUCAUCUCUCUCGCGCGCCAAGCUAUACCGAUAUUCAGCUGCCAGUCACUUAUCCGAGUGUUUGUCCGAUGGUUGCGUUGGUGUUGCAAUGACAGGGGAUAUCCAGAUUCAAAGCAUGGCUGCGCACGGCGCCAAACCUGUCGGUGGUAUUUAUCAAAUACUCAAAGGCCAAGAUUCAACAAUCGGCGUUAUUGUCCUGGACGAGACUGCAACUCAGGCCCUGAAGGACGAAGAAGACAACGUCGAUAACGAUAGCGACAAUGAUUCAGAAGAGUCAGAGCCAUUGGACAAGAAAGCUGCUUUAGCACAAGCGUACGCCAAGGCCCAGAUUCCGAAACCUGUUUUAGCCGAAGCCAAUUUUUUGAUGAGAACACUGUCAGAUGAAGAUCAAGCUUUUAUGCGUCGACAGCUUUUAAUUGGGAUAGAUAAGGGUGGUAGUAUCGGUAGGUCUGCGAGCGAACUUGCGAGACUAUCGGAAGGCGAAGGACACAGGUUCACCGUGCAUAAAGUAGCCACUGCGGGCAUGAAGGAUGGAAGUGUCACGUUCUCGUUGGGAAGUAUUGAUGUUAAGACUGGUACGCGUAUGAGAUUCUUUGUGCGCGAUUCGGAAUUUGCCAAGAAGGAAGUCGAAGCUUUAUGGUUCGGAUACAAGAAGCGAUUGUUAAACCAGCAGUUUGGGAAAGGCGAGCAUACGACAGAUUCCACUUUCACACGGUCGGGAUGCUUUGUAAUUCCAACUCUUGAUCGAGGGAACAAGUUCUUUCAAGGCAAACCUGGGUAUGAAAGUGGAACCGUUGCUCGCAUUCUACCUACCCUUCCUACAAUAAGUGGAUUUUUUUCGAACGGCAUCAUUGGAAUUACGGAGGGCGACGGUGAUACUAGCACGGGUGUGCAGGGCAGCGCGACAGGUUACACAUUGAUUGGCAGUAAAACGGAUCGACCAAUAUUUUCACCAGCAGCUGCAGCCGCUGCUCAUACUGCAGCACAAGAAGAGAAGGAGGCCCAGGAAGCGGAAGCUGAAGCUCAGGCUCUUGUUGCGGAAGCUAACAGUAAGGUCGGGGAAAGUUAUACCCAAGGAAGCAAUGGCGUCGUGAAGACAGCACCUCGUUCCGAAGAUGGAGAACUCAUAAUCAAACGCCGAGAGGUUCACUCCGGGCGAGCCAUGACAGUUUCAGCCGUCGAAUGGAGUGUAGCGGAAAAGGCGGCAAUUCCAACGAGCACACUGGAAGGAUUUAUGUGGGACAAAGAAACAGAAGUUGACCGCUUCCGAGAGCGGGUACCUCUGGUCAAUCUGGUAUCUCAGUGCAGAUUAUCACAAAUGGAUCCAAAAGCUCCUAAACCUCGAGGCUUCGUUGUACCAAUCCAGCAAAUGGUUUCGGAAGGAAAAUUUGUUGUUAUUCCAGAAUGCAAGCGAAUGGAACCCACGAUCGGGAGUUUGCGACGUCGCUAUGAUUUGAGUAAGCUUGCUCGCGAUUUCACUUUUGACGGCGCUGUAGCCAUUAGUGUGAAUUGCGAUGCAGUCCUCUUUGGCGGGUCUCUGGGCGACGUCACUGCAGCACGUGAAGCUGCUGGUAGCGCCGUGAUUGAUAGCAUAUCAGAGGAGGGAGUCGUCGUCCCCCCAAUUCUCGCAUCCGACUUGAUCCUUUAUCCGUAUCAGCUUUAUAAGCUGCGUUUGGCUGGCGCCGAUGCAAUUAACCUCUUGGUUGGAGCUCUAGAGAAGAAAGAUCUGUCAUACCUUACCAAGAUAGCGUCUAGUCUUCAGCUUCAGUCAUUUGCCACCGUAACUUCCGAAGUGCAAUUACUGGAAGUGGCAAGUCUGCAGGAAGGGACCAUUGACGGAAUAAUCGUAUCCAAUCGUGAGCUUGAAGACUUUUCCUUCGAUAUGACUGGGGAGCAAGCAUUGUACCUGUUGAAAAGCAAUGCUCUGGCGAAAGUCCGCGCAAAACAUGGUGAAGACCUUCUUAUCUUGGCUGAAGGAAGAGUCGGUAUAAUCGAUCGUCCUCAGGCAGACAGCACAAGAAGUGCUAAGCUUUAUAUUACCGAAUUAAGGGAAGCUGGCGCAGUGGGUGCGAUAAUGGGUGGUGCAUUGGCAGUGGACGGAGGGGGGUAUCAGCAGGUAGCGAAAAUGGCGCAACUGUAG